GUAGAACAGCCCAUCACACUCGGCAGCCCCGAAUCACCAGUUAAUUUACUCAACUACUGCACUUAAGUACAAGUUUGAUCCAGUCAGAAACUCCCCUGUUCCUCAACAGGCAAUAAGUUUGCAGACCAGAGCAGCAGCAACAGAAGCUCUGACCUUUCAGUACAUCUGGAACAGUGGACAAGUAAAGAGACACUUUAUCUGAGUCUAUUUGUAUCACUGGACUAACAGGAUAUAACGUCAUACAAUUGGGUUACUAAAAGAAGUCACCAGACUAAAAGUACAACUCUUUCAUCUAACUGAGGACCACUAGUUUCCUGAACAUACUGCAUUAACACUGCUCCAAUCUUCAAACUGUCCAUCAUCGCUGACUGACAGCACCUUUUAACUGCAGGAUGCCUUUGGGUGGAGGAAACAAAUGUGGCCGCUGCCAAAAGACAGUUUACUUUGCUGAAGAGGUGCUCUGUGAUGGGCGGAGCUUCCACAGGUCCUGCUUCCUGUGCAUGGUGUGUGGUAAGAACUUGGACAGUACAACCGUUGCUGUUCAUAUGGAUGAAGUCUACUGCAAAGCAUGCUACGGGAAGAAGUAUGGGCCAAAAGGCUACGGUUACGGCCAGGGAGCGGGGACCCUCAGUAUGGACAAGGGAGAGUCUCUGGGUAUUACACAUGAAGAACCUGCUCCUCAUCGUCCUACCAACAACCCAAAUGCAUCCAAGCUGGCUCAGAGGUUUGGUGGGUCAGACAAGUGCCCUCGUUGUGGCAAGGCAGUCUAUGCUGCGGAGAAAGUUAUUGGAGCUGGGAACGCAUGGCAUAAGGUAGGAUGCUUCACCUGUCGGAAGAGCCUCGAGUCAACCACACUAGCUGACAAGGAUGGAGAAAUCUACUGCAAAGGGUGUUACAGCAAAAACUUUGGUCCAAAGGGAUUUGGGUACGGACUGGGCGCCGGAGCGCUGGCGCACACUCAGUAGAGUCCACGGUGAUCUUCGCUGACGUUUCCGGAGUACAGUGCUGUCUUCUCCCUGCAGAGGGCGGACAGUAGACAUGCACCUGACAGACCACGUGCCUGGUUUUUAAAACUACAUUAUAAACAAUAUAGUGUAUAAGAAAACUCCAUCUUAGUCUCAUAUAAGCCAACAAUGAUUACUUGUGCUGUUACAUUAAAUCUUGAUGCAUUUAUCAAAAGUAAUACUGAAAUAUCACCUACUGUAUCUAUUUAAAGCUGCAUUGUUGAUUUGCACCGUCUGCUCUAACUACUUUUUAUUGUAAGGCUGUUUUUCUCUCUGCAAGUGAAAUCUCAGUAUCACAGGACUCUGACUAUGUAAUGCAGUAAAUAAUGCCUGUUUAUACGUGUGCCAUGCUUUCUAAACAGCACGAUAAUAAAUGUAUUGAAAAAUGA